AAGAGAACCGUUCCCCGGCGGAAACACCACAAAGGCGGGGGUCCGAGCUCCACCAGGGGGGACGUGAUGGUGUGAAGCGGGGUCCUAGCAGCUGCGCCGUCAGGACACGUUUGCCGGAUGGACGCGGAUGCUGCGUCGGCUGCUGGAUGCUGAUGCCAACAUCCUCCUGUACCGCGGAUGGAGACCAACGCCAGGCGGGCUGAGAGGCGAUAAGGCAGGAAACUAGAGCAACAGGCCGGUUCGGUCGCGUCUGUAACCAGAGCAGCAACACACAGAGGGGCGGCGGCUACGACAUGUUCUGAGAGCCGGAGAACGGCGGCGGCUGGCGGGAUGAAGGCGCCGAGGAGACCGAGGCAGACGCGGCUCCUCCCCCGGUUCUGCGUCUGUGCAGUCGCUCUGCUCGCAGCCGCCUGGCUCUUCCUCCUCAGCGAUGUGGCAGGAGCCCGGAGACCAAGUGCUGACGGCAGCGUUGCCUUUUCCAAGAGAGAGCUCAUCCAACAAAAAGAAGAUUCUCACCAGAACGACAAUGUCUCUAGAUCUGCUAUCAGUGAGUUUCCUGAAGACAUUUUCACUCAGGACCAGAGGAGGCAGGGCGCAGUACUCCUCCAUGUUCUCUGUGCAAUUUACAUGUUUCAUGCGCUGGCCAUCGUGUGCGAUGUUUACUUUGUGCCGUCUCUGGAAAAAGUAUCAGAGAACCUUCAGCUCAGUCAGGAUGUUGCUGGGGCGACUUUCAUGGCAGCUGGCAGCUCUGCACCCGAGCUCUUCACCUCUUUGAUCGGAGUGUUCAUCACGAAGGGAGACGUGGGCGUGGGGACGAUCGUGGGCUCAGCAGUGUUUAACAUCCUGGUCAUCAUCGGCAUCUGCGGCAUCUUCUCUGGACAGCCCAUCUCCCUGAGCUGGUGGCCUCUGUUCCGAGAUGCUGUUUUCUACAUAUUGUCCAUAUUGGUGCUUAUUCUGGUGAUCUAUGAUGAAAAGGUUGUGUGGUGGGAGACCGUCAUCCUGAUCUCUAUGUACGGCGUCUACAUAAUCAUCAUGAAGUUCAACAGAACCCUUUGCAGCCUGGUGGAGAAACACUGCAGCCGGGCCGGCCAGCCGUGUCUCAGCAGUCUGCGGCGGACGACUGCUGUUGGAAACAUGGGCGAGUGCGACAACGACAUGGUGCCGCUGAAACCAGACUCAUGUGCGGUUGCCGGUCAGGACUCAGGGGUGGUGAUGGUGGACGAGCUGCUCAACCUGCACCCUCACCAGCUCACCUUCUCAGAGGCAAGCCUCCGCCUUCUCAUCACCCCGCAUUUCCCCCCCUUCACCCGCCUGCGCAUGGCAGGACGCAUGGUCAUCAGCGAGAGGCAGAGGCUGAUUCGGGCUCGGGUCGGCCCCGAGGAGGGGGGAGCAUCGGGAGAGGAAGGCUCCGGUGCCGGUGUGCCGUGGGAGAGGGAGAACAGGACGGUGGCAGAAGGAGACAGGCAGACGCUGGAGGGAGGGAGGGAGAGGGGGAAAGAGGUGAGGGAGGACACGGACACGGGCAGGGGCGCACAGCCAAAGGAGGAAGAGGAGGAGGAGGAGGAAGAUCGACAGGAAGGACAGGAUGAGAACGCUCCUUUCAAACCCUUUGUCAUACCUGGUGGUUGGUGUGUGCGCUUGAAGUGGUUGCUCUCGUGGCCCGUGAGCCUCCUGCUCCACUGCUCCAUCCCCGACUGUAACCUGCCACGCUGGGAGCGCUGGUACCUUGUCACUUUCCUGUCCUCCACGCUAUGGAUAGCCCUGUUCUCCUACCUCAUGGUCUGGAUGGUGACCAUAAUCAGCUACACACUUGGGAUCCCAGACGUCCUCAUGGGCAUCACGUUUUUGGCAGCUGGCACCAGCGUUCCUGACUGUAUGGCCAGCCUCAUUGUUGCCCGUCAAGGGUUAGGCGACAUGGCGGUGUCCAACUCCAUUGGCAGUAAUAUAUUUGAUGUGCUGCUGGGCCUCGGCUUCCCCUGGGCUCUGAGGACUCUCAUAGUCAGCUAUGGAUCAGUGGUAACGAUCAACAGUAAAGGCCUGGUGUACUCAGUGAUUCUGCUGUUGGCUUCGGUCACACUUACUGUCCUGUGUGUCCACCUGAACCGCUGGAGGUUGGACCGCAGGCUGGGACUCUGUCUCAUGCUGCUCUAUGCCAUCUUCCUUCUCUGCUCCAUUGGCUUUGAGAGGCUGUAGAGGACACACACACACACACACCAAGACACAACUAUUUAUACAUAUAUGCUCAAAUACUCGGACUAUAAAGCAGGUUUGACUCGUUUUCCACCUUUAUUGCUGCAACUGUUAUAUUAUGACAGACAGAUUUCCAUUUCUGACCUUGUGUCUGUGUGUUUGAGCAGCAUUACUAUGAAACUGGCUGCCUGAAUGCAACAAUGUUUACCUCUGAUAAAUGAGUAUUUUACAUUAAAGUUUUGUACCGAGCACCUCCGGCCCAGAUCUUUGUGAAAGCAGACUCAUAGUGCACUAUGUCUCGCAACAAAUUUAUAUAGGUAUUGAAUUUGUAUUUUGGAGUAUUGUUCUAAGGAGCCCAAAUCUGUUAGUUUACAGGACUUAUCAUUACUUUAUGACUGCCACAAGUAACCUCAACUACCAAAUGAGGAAACAUGUACAUAUAUAUAGUUGCUUCCUGUUAUUUAUGUAAAGUCACAUGUCCACUUUUUAUUAAGCUUCGUGUCGGUAGCUGUAAUUGACAGUGCAUGAUUGGUCAUUACGCUCCAGAUAAUUGCACUAAGCCACUGUUGUCUUGGCCUUAUACAUAGCUUGAGUCCCCUGUUUCUCCUAAAAGCUUCUCUGGCCCAAGGCCGUGUUGUUGUGCUGAAACAGAGGUGACUGUAUGUCAUAAGGUGUUAAAUGUCUGCAUAUGAAGAGUGUUUUUUGUUGGUUGUAAUAAAGCAUUUUGUUCAGUGGCA